GCACUGAGAGAAGCUGCAUAAUUAAUACGGUGUUUAGCAGAGGCGGGGCCUGCAGUCCACCUGCUUUAAGGCAGAUAGAAAGGAUAAUCAAAGAAUUCUGAAGUUUUCCCACUGCAAUUGGGCCAUUAUUGGGAAAAGUGGAGGAAGUUUAUCAGGCUUUUAAAUGAAGGUCUUUUGGCUGAAGUAGCAGAUGAGAACUAGCCCUCUGGCUAACUGUUUUACUGGAAGUAUUGAGACCAAACACGGCUGCCUAGACGAUUGUUUGAGAUCCUGCUCUGAAUGCCUUAAGGUUACCGUGGCUGGAGUUUUUAGACAUCUCUGACUAGUGUUUCCCUUAUGUCCUUGUCCCUGCCUCCAGCCUGGGAAGAGCCACCCAGUACUCUCUCUGAUUGGACUGGGUAGUUUGUCUUGACGCACCACUGUGCUGAGUGCUGGAGGACGUGUUUCAACAGAUGGUUGGGGUUAGUGUGUGUCAUCACAUUGGAGAACGGAUUAGAGGAGGAAGGUUGUCUUCCAGGAGCAGUGUGGUCCCCACAACACUCUGAGGAGCUCAAGAGUGAGCAACCCACAGCGAGAGAGAUCAACUCCAUGAGCAAGACUGAUAUCCAGAGCCCAACAUGCAAGCCACUGGAGAGCCGUACCAUCCAAAUGAAGUGGUUCUGUGGUUUUCCUGUUUGGUUGCCAUGGUGUGAUCGAUGUGGCAGUGAAGAAAUUAGACAUAGAUCAAGGAUUACCUUGUGAGGAUUCCAACCUUCUGAUUUGUGUUCGGACGCCCCGGUUUGCAGUCCCAUGAUGCAGCUAGUGAAUCUGGCUUGGAUGAUGGUCCUGACCACCCCACUGGUCUGCUUUGGUUUCACCACCCGCGGUCAGGGCCUGCGUGGGCGGGUUCAAGGUGACCGCCGAAACAUCAGACCCAACAUCAUACUCAUCAUGACAGAUGACCAGGAUGUGGAGUUGGGCUCUUUGCAGGUGAUGAACAAAACUCGCAAGAUCAUGGAGGACGGUGGAACGUCAUUCACAAAUGCGUUUGUAACUACGCCCAUGUGCUGUCCAUCACGCUCUUCCAUGCUGACUGGGAAGUAUGUCCACAACCACAACACGUACACCAACAACGAGAACUGUUCCUCGCCUUCAUGGCAAGUUCAGCAUGAGCCACGCUCCUUUGCCGUUUAUCUCAACAACACUGGAUACCGAACAGCUUUCUUUGGGAAGUACCUCAAUGAGUAUAACGGCACCUACAUCCCACCUGGGUGGCGUGAAUGGGUGGGGCUGAUCAAAAAUUCCCGUUUCUAUAAUUACACCGUCUGUCGGAACGGGAACAAGGAGAAGCACGGUGCAGAUUAUGCCAAGGACUACUUCACUGAUUUGAUAACCAACGACAGCAUCAACUACUUCCGAAUGUCCAAGCGCAUGUACCCGCAUCGGCCGGUGAUGAUGGUGAUCAGUCAUGCAGCACCUCAUGGCCCCGAGGAUUCAGCACCCCAGUACUCCGAGCUCUUCCCAAACGCUUCCCAGCACAUAACUCCCAGCUAUAACUACGCACCAAACAUGGAUAAGCACUGGAUCAUGCAGUACACCGGCCCGAUGAAGCCAAUUCACAUGGAGUUCACCAACUACCUGCACAGGAAGAGGCUCCAGACGCUGAUGUCUGUAGAUGACUCGGUGGAAAAGAUAUAUAAUGCUCUGGUCGACACUGGGGAGCUGGAUAAUACCUAUAUCAUUUACACAGCUGACCAUGGUUACCACAUUGGCCAGUUUGGCCUAGUCAAAGGGAAGUCUAUGCCGUAUGAUUUUGACAUCAGAGUGCCGUUUUUUGUCAGAGGUCCUAAUGUGGAGCCAGGGGCAAGGAACAACCAUCUUGUGCUAAACAUUGAUCUAGCACCCACAAUCCUAGAUAUAGCUGGCCUGGACACUCCACCCGAUAUGGAUGGAAAAUCUAUCCUGAAGCUUCUGGAACAGGAUAAGACUGUAAAUAGAUUUAAACCCAACCGGAAACCCAAAGUCUGGAGGGACACAUUCCUCGUGGAGCGGGGUAAAAUCCUGCGCAAGAAAGAUGACUCAGGAGGCAACUUGAAUACACAACACUCCAACAGCUUACCCAAAUACAAGAAGCUGAAGGAAGUGUGUCAGCAGGCUGAGUUUCAGACGCCCUGCGAACAACCAGGACAGAAAUGGCACUGUGUGGAGGAGGUCAGUGGGAAGUGGCGUUUACAGAAGUGUAAGGGCUCCCUGAAGGAGGGAUCCAAGAAAAGAGCGAGGAGUCUGCGCUCUCGAAGCUACGAGGGCCGCGAGAAAGACUGCCACUGUGGAGAACGGCCUUACAAAGCGGCCAAGGCAGCACGGCGGGCUCACAGACAGUUUGCCCAGAGCAGUAAUCCACGCUACAGACCUCGCUUUGUGCACACGCGGCCGGCCAGAUCCCUGUCAGUGGAGUUUGAGGGUGAAAUCUAUGAUGUGGACCUGCAGGCUGAUGAUAAAACCCCUCUUGAGCCUCGACCAAUCAGCAAACGGCACUAUGAGCCUGAGGGAGGUAUUGAUUCGGACUUUGGGCUGGAGUCUGAUGAUGGAUCGGAGGAGAUGCAGUCGGAUGACACUAAUGCUGUGGGAUACCCCAAUUCUCUCAAAGUCACACACAAAUGUUUCAUAUUAAUGAAUGACACUGUGCGCUGUGAAAGAGAGAUUUACCAGUCUUCCAGAGCAUGGAAAGACCACAAGAACUUUGUGGACCAAGAGAUUGAACUUCUCCAAGAUAAAAUGAAGAAACUGCGUGAGGUUAGAGGUCAUUUGAAGAGGAGGAGACCAGAUGAGUGUGACUGUGGAAAGAAGAGUUACUUUAGCAAAGAGAGAGAGCAGAAAAACAAACCCGAAAGAGUGAAGAAUAGGAAUGACCACCUCCAUCCCUUUAAAGAGGCUGUGCAGGAAGUGGACAGCAAGACUCAACUCUACAAUGAGAUCCGCCGCAGGAAGAAAGAGAGGAAGGAGAGGAAGAGGCAGAAGAAGGGUGAUGACUGCAGUCUUCCUGGCCUCACCUGCUUCACACAUAAUAAUGACCACUGGCAGACUGCCCCCUUCUGGAACUUGGGCGGCUUCUGUGCUUGCACAAGCUCUAACAACAACACAUACUGGUGUCUGAGAACUAUUAAUGACACUCACAACACGCUCUUCUGUGAAUUUGCAACUGGCUUCCUGGAGUAUUUUGACCUAAACAGUGACCCGUACCAGUUAACCAACGCAGUUUAUACAGUGGAGAGGGACAUUCUGAGCCAAUUGCAUUUACAGCUGAUGGAAAUGAGGAGCUGUCAAGGCCACAAGCAGUGCAACCCCAGACCCAAAAGCUCAGAUGCAGAACACAACCAGCCUGGGACGUCCACAAAGGUUAACCUGCCCAAUUUCACAGAGGACUUCGACUGGCAAGGACUGGCAGAUUUGUACAGCGUGAAUGAGAGUCUGUACGAACACAGGCGCAACUACAGUCCCGUUCUGGAUGACUGGAUGAACUUUUGGAAGGAUGUAGAUAGAAUGUUUGCACUGCUGAGAAAUUUAAAGACACUCAACCAAACCGAUAAGCUUGACCCCCUGGCUGAGCUGGGCUCCGGGGUCCAGGAGGAGGCCAGCGGUGCUGGAUCCCCCAUCCAAGAGGAACGGCCCCCGAGCCCCGUCACCACAGGUCCCCCAAGGCCCAAAACACUUCAAGAGAGUCUCUUAAAGUCUCUUAAUGAACUCCCAGAGGGCCGCCCAACCAAACCAAGCGCUCUUCCAAGAGGAGAUACCUGGGUUCAACAGCUGGAAAACGAGUUGGACAAUGACGGAAUGACGUUUAGCGGCAACGGAGUCACCGAACUGGAGACCCACCAUGACUUUGUGUUGCGCAGCUCUAAAAUUCUGGAUCUCCACCUGCAGGAAGAAGAGGAGGACAUUUUUCAGGCCCAGGGUUACCUUCUGCUCUCGCCACCGCCAGCCAGACCUCCAGAGCCAGCUAGGGAAACACUUCCAGCAUGGCGAGAAACCAUACAUGAGAGGUGGAACGGAAGCGUCAAACCUUUUACCCACAAGCCCAGGGACGUUCAGGAGGGCAGCGCCGCGGGCCCAUCCCAUUGAGAAUGGACUGCUGCCAUGCACUGUGAAGCCAGCCAACUCAGAGACACUAACCCCACGGAGCAUGGACUGCUCUCCUGUAUAAUCCAAUGAAUUAUUUUAUUUUUUACAGGUGCUUCCAUUUAUUAGAAAUCAGUGUUAUGUAUUUUGUAAAAAAAAAUAUAUAUUAUAUAUAUAUAUAUAAAUAUAAAAAUUUAGAGGUAAAAUAUUGGAUGCAUCUUAAAUGUUGGGUUUGGUUUUAAAUCUCAAGUGGGAAAAUGACAUCAAAGUAAGGUUUUAAUAUAUUUUUAAUCAAAAAAGAAAAAGAAACAGGUUAAAAUGGUGAAACCAUUGCAUUCAGUUUUGAAUUAACCACAUGCAGAUUGUUUCCCCAAGAUAUUUGAUGCACUUUUUUCCCAUGUUUCUCGACUUCAACGCAUUCUUCAGUCUCAUUUAGACAUAAACAACUCUGUUGACACCAACACAAGUCAUUAUUUGUUGGAUUCACAUUAUCGUUAAUGAGUGUUGUUGUUCUCCUCUUCUAUGUUUACUUCAGCUUAUUGGGUUUAGUUCACUGUUUACACUAAAACACGUUUUUUAUACACUUGGAUUGUGGGUUUAAUGGUUUGACUUCUUGGUGAAAUGCUUUUCUCACAAAUUUUGUGUAGUUCAGUUGUAUUCGGUCCAUAUAAUGUAAGAAGGGCAUUCACCAUAAGUGCUUUUAUCAUGGAUGACUCUUAAGAUUUUCACUAACCCACAGUAAUAAUUUUUAAAAUGGCUUGUUUCAUUUGUGAAGAAUGUGAGAUGGGCAUUUAUUCAGAAUUUUGACCAUUUUUGUCCUGUAUUUUAGAAUUAAAAUGUCUAAACUCAUUUUUGAAGAAAUUUGUUUGAAUAUGAGGUGACCUGCCAAAUUUGCAAAUAUUACGUUACUUUUUAACCAAUGGUGUUGGAACAAUUCUGGCUUCUGGAAAGCCAAGAAGCUGUUUUGAAAUAAAAAUCUACCAAACGUUUGUUUCACCUA